AUGGCGGCUCAAAACCAAGAAACUAUUUUGAAUACCCCACCAAAAUCAUCAGACACCGUUCAAGAACUCCCUAUCACCACCACCACCACCAAAAAAAUCCCAAAAAAACUCACUCUUAUCCCUCUUAUAUUCUUAAUCUACUUUGAAGUUGCCGGGGGUCCUUAUGGUGAAGAACCUGCAGUCCAGGCUGCAGGGCCUCUCUAUGCCUUGCUUGGUUUCUUGAUAUUUCCAUUUAUAUGGAGUAUUCCCGAGGCUCUUAUCACUGCUGAGCUCUCCACUGCUUAUCCUGGCAAUGGAGGUUUUGUUAUAUGGGCUGAAAGGGCUUUUGGUCCUUUCUGUGGAUCCCUGAUGGGUUCUUGGAAAUUCUUGAGUGGUGUUAUAAAUAUUGCUGCUUUUCCUGUUCUUUGCAUUGAUUACAUGGAGAAGGUAAUUCCUGCUUUGGAAUCAGGUUGGCCUAGAAAAAUUGCUGUCUUGAUUUCAACAUUGUUGUUGUCUUUUUUAAACUACACUGGAUUGACUAUUGUUGGUUAUGCUGCUGUUCUGCUUGGUCUUGUUUCACUUUCGCCUUUUGUAAUUAUGUCUUUGAUAGCAAUUCCUAAGCUUCAUCCUCAUAGGUGGAUAAGUUUAGGGCAAAAGGGUGUGAAAAAGGACUGGACUUUGUUCUUUAACACACUUUUUUGGAACUUGAAUUUUUGGGACAAUGUUAGCACUUUAGCUGGUGAAGUGGAUUCACCCCAGAAAACAUUUCCUAUGGCUUUACUUGUGGCUGUGAUCUUCACUUGUGUAUCUUACUUGAUUCCGCUUUUCGCGGUGACUGGUGCUGUUUCUGUGGAUCAAAGUCAGUGGGGAUCAGGAUUUCAUGCUACUGCUGCAGAGAUGAUUGCAGGGAAAUGGCUAAAAUAUUGGGUUGAAGUUGGUUCUGUGUUAUCUGCUAUUGGUCUAUAUGAGGCUCAAUUAAGUAGUAGUGCAUACCAGCUUCUUGGUAUGGCUGAUUUAGGAAUUGUGCCAAAUUUCUUUUCCAUUAGGUCUAAAAGGUUCAACACACCUUGGGUGGGGAUAUUGGUAUCCACUUUGAUCACAAUUGGAGUCUCAUAUAUGAAUUUUACUGAUAUCAUUUCGUCGGCGAAUUUCUUAUAUAGUUUAGGUAUGUUGUUGGAGUUUGCAUCUUUUAUUUGGUUGAGAAAGAAAUUGCCAGAGUUGAAAAGGCCUUAUAGGAUUCCAAUGAGGCUGCCUGGUUUGAUUAUAAUGUGCUUGGUACCAUCUGCAUUUUUGGUGCUUAUAAUGGCUGUUGCUACUAAGACUGUUUUCUUGGUGAGUGGUUUGAUGACUGUGGGAGCUAUUGGAUUUUUCUUCUUUAUGAAGUUUUGCAAGUCAAAGAAGUUGUUCAAGUUUAGCAGUGGUGAAGCCAUUGAAGGCUGA